GUAAGGAUGGAGUCAUUCAGCUCCAAGGAUAUGGCCAUGCAGGCCCAGAAGAAGAUCCUCAGCCACAUGGCCAACAAGUCUGUGGUCCAUAUGUUCAUAGACGACACCAGCAGUGAGAUUCUGGACGAGCUCUACCGUGUUUCCAAAGAGUAUUCAGGCAACCGCUCAGAGGCCCAGAAGGUGGUGAAGGACCUGAUCAAGAUAGCAGUGAAGAUUGGCGUGCUGUUCAGACACAACCGUUUCAGCCCAGAGGAGCUGAGUCUGGCCCAGGACUUCAAGAAGAAGCUACAUCAAGGAGCCAUGACAGCCAUCAGCUUCUAUGAGGUGGAGUUCACCUUUGACAAGACAGUAAUGUCGGAGAUCUUGACAGAAUGCAGAGAUCUGUUGUUGAAGCUAGUCGACUCCCACCUCACGCCCAAAUCCCAUGGUCGCAUCAACCACGUAUUCAACCAUUACUCUGAUCCAGAGCUUCUCACCCAGCUGUACAACCCCGAUGGACCCUUUAAACCCAACCUCACCAAAAUCUGCACCGGCCUCAACUGUCUGCUGGAGGAGGGGACAUUAUGAGAGUGUGAGCAAGUCUAUGAUUGUGAGAGAGACACUGGGAGAUCUGCUUGAAGGGGUCUGCUUAGAACUCAAGAGAGGACUGUGUGUAAGGACAGUAAGUGUCCAUGCUCUAAAUGAGAACUGGUGAGAUUUGUGACCCAAGUUUUACUUGAUGUAGUCACUCACUGAUCUGUUAAUUUCCAAAAAGGGUACUGCCCAAAGUGAAAGAAUAUGAGAAUAUGCAGGAUGAUGUAUAGUUAAUGUCUCCUGAUGAAUUGUGUCUCCACGAAUGGAGUUCCUGGAAAGUCAGGAUUAGGUUAAGAUUGUGUCAACCACCUGAUUUUAUACAGUGGAAUUUCCGUCCAAGGUUUCACAUACUCAUUUACCAUUCUAGUUUUUCUGUUGUUUUUUCUCUCUUGCUCGCCAUAUUAUGUACUGUAUAGGGAAAGAUAAACCUCAAGGACUGCACAAUACUGACUGACAGAAUGAAAACAAGGGUUAAAAGCAAGCGGUGAAAUAUAAGAAUAGAGUACUACCAUCUAGUGGUCUAGCUGGCAAUGACUCAGUACUGCAUGUAUCAAAGAAAAUAUAAAAGCUUAUGGAGAAAACAGUGCACAUUAAUUGUGGAGAUACAAGAGAGUAAUUUCAUAAGGCCCAAAGAGAAACUGGAUUGGAAUAUUUAAAAAUAAUUUGGGCCUUAUAAAUCAUAGGAUUGGAAAAAAAUAAAUGCCUGUAAAUUAGUGCCUUUUUUAUUGUCCAUUUGUGAAUAUAUUGACUUCACAUCUUUAGUUAAUGUUAUUAAAUGUACAAUAUGUGCAAUUUAUUAAUACAUUGACAGCAAUGUGUGUACAUACAGUACCAGUAAAAGUUUUGGACACA